GACGAUGUUAUUAUCAUCAUGAUCUGAUCAGAAAUGUCAAAAAUAAUAUGAUGUGACUAUAGUAUUAUCAGGAUGAUGUGAUGGUCGUUUGAUUAUGGUGUGAAAGUGAUAUGAUGACAGUAGCGGUGGAACCGACUGGCCAUAACAAGACGUGCGAUGGCUAAAUAACAUCAGCUCGCUUCCAUUUACAAGACUGCUUCUGUCAACCUAGACCAUUUGCCAUCAUCAUUGGAUAAUGGCCCGCCUGAUUCAAGUCGUCAAAGACGAUCACCGUCGCCUCAUACAAUUGCGACAGCGCAUACUCACCUCGUCCCAAAAUGACGGGUUGUUGAAAGCCCAGGUAGUCGAAGAACUGCAGCAGCACAUCAGUGCUGAAAGUCAGAUUCUAUUACCUCUGAUCUCGGAAAGGCUGCAGGACGGGAGUAAGCGAAGUGAGAACUUGCGUCAUACGCAUGAACAUAUCAUAAAUAAGCUUCACAACAUCGAAUCAUCGGACUGCUCCGUGCUUAGUCUCAGAGGCCACCUGAAUAGCUUGUGGAUGCAGAUAUCCAAACACAUUCAGGAUACAGAUCAUCAAGACUUACCGCGCGUGGAGGAGUCCAUCAGCACCCUCGACUCGGAAACCCUAGCUGAUAACUACCUUCGAGCAAAAAAAGCAGAAGCAAUCAGGGCCACCGCGCGCAUCAAUUUACGCACUUCCCUCUCUUGUGGGGCUUGGAGAGAUUCAGCUUGGUGCUGCACUGAUUACCGAAAGUUAUUCUGUUGAAAAACUCCCCUUGUGUAACUUCUGUAUUGCAAGGGAAGAGAGCAGCAGCAGCCUGAGACGAACAUGACCCAUCCUCAUUUGUAAGCCAUCCCAAACUAAUUGCAAUAACAAAUUUCAAGUAUGCCAAG